CCAAAAUCACUACAAAAAAAAAACAACCAAAUAUCUCUCUCACAUACAUUAACUUGCCGGAAAAUCAGGAAACUCGCCGGAGAUAUUAUAUAUUUGAAAGAAGCAUUUAUAUCAAACUUUUAUAAUGGAUCUUAACUACAAAGCAACCGAGCUAAGAUUAGCCUUGCCCGGAACCGACGACUUAUUGCCGGAGGUCAACCCUCCGUCGACGACUUCUUCUCAUGUCAAAAGUAGUAACAAAAGGUGUUCACCUGAAAUUGGCCCGAAUGAAUCCAAAGAUACAAGAUCCGACCCUCCAUCAAAGGCACAAGUAGUGGGGUGGCCACCGGUGAGAUCUUACCGGAAAAGUGUACUACAAGUGAAGAAAGUGGAUUCGGAUAUGGGAUCCGGAAUGUAUGUAAAAGUGAGCAUGAAUGGAGCUCCAUUCCUAAGAAAGAUUGACUUGAAAAUGUACAAAGGCUAUAAGGAGUUGAUGAAAGGUUUGGAAGAGAUGUUUUUGUGCAUUAUAGGGUUGUACAUUGAGGAAGAAAUGUACAAUGGAUCAAAGCAUGUAGUAACUUAUGAAGACAAAGAUGGAGAUUGGAUGCUUGUUGGAGAUGUACCAUGGGAAAUGUUUGCUACUUCUUGUAAAAGAUUAAAAAUCAUGAAAGGACAUGAAGCUAGAGGGUUGGAUUUAUAGUUUUUUUUCUUCUUCUUUUAUAUAUACUUAUAUAUAGAUCUAUGUAAAUUCAAACUUUUCAUGAAAAUGUUAGUUAAGAUGAGGUGAAAAUUAAGUUUUAUAUAUCCAUGAUGAUGUGUAGUUUUUCAUUGUCUUGCUAGAUAAACAUAUACUAGAUAGAGGAGUUGUUUUUUUGAAGGAAAAUAUAACAAAUAUAUGUAUGUAUGUUCAUGUAAUUAAUGUUAGUUUUGGUCGCAUUCUAUUUUGCAUAA